AGCCGUUCUAGCCUGAAGACUCGUCUGUGGUUCUGGCCACCGCCGUCCACCCCUGGGAGCCAGGCGCCUUGCGUCGACGCCGCGGUCGCCUCCGCAGAGGGCGGCCGGGUGCACCGCCACCGCCACGCACGACCAGAGCCACCCUGGGGCGGUGCCCUCCGGUGUGCGUCUCGGAUGCCGUCGAGCCGGCUUUUGCCGGCGACGGGCGCGGCGUGGCGCGCAGAGCUGCUCGGAGGGAGCUUGGUGGUCAGGAACACGUUCAUACAUUGCGAGGAGCCCACGCCAGCUUUUCCCCACUUCGCGGUCAGCGCCCGCGCUGCGUACUCCGUCGGCGAGCCUCGGCGAGUCGCCGUCGUCCCCGGCCGCCGAGCUGCGCACCACCCUGCUGUUCCGCAACGUGCCGUACCUGCUCACGCGGGAUAUGUUCGUGAAGCUUUUGGACGCGCAUGGCUUUCAAGGGCAGUACGACCUGGUACCUACCAAUGGAUUUCAAGACGAGCCAGACUCUCGGCUACGGGUUCGUCAAUGCGGUCAGUCCUGAGAUCGCUACUCGCAUCUUCAGCGUAUUCGAUGGGUUCCAGGCGUGGCCCAAGAGGAGCCUGAAGACGUGCAGCGUGUGCUGGAGUGAACGGCAGGGCCUCGAGAGCAACGUCCGCGUCUACCGCAACUUGGGGGUCAUGAAGCAUUCCACCCUGGAGGCCUGGAAGCCGGCCCUCUUCUCGCAGGGCAGCCAGGUGCCCUUCCCCGCGCCCACGAGGAGGAUCCGGGGCAGCACCGGCAGAGUGGCGCCGCCGCAGCGCGCCUCCCGUCGGCGCCGGCAGGGAAUGGGCAGUGACGGCGCCUCCUGCGAACCUUCUCCUUUAUGCCAACAUGAGUAGAUGCGGGUGUUGCAUCAACAGUGCUACCCAGCAAGGCUGCCACUUUCACCAUGCUCGUGCGAGUAAUCCUCGUUGCUAAGCGAUCCUGGUUCUGACGACCGCGCUGAGCGCGUCUUAUCUGGGAUGUUGGCAUCACGGACAAUCACGGGACAACGGCAGGUCGACCCCACGGGCCAACGCGUGAAUGGGCAGAAUCAAAUUUUCGCCCUCGGACAGCCCAACCUCCGACCCACCGCAGUCAUCGGGCCUUUUGCGCCACACGCAGCAACGUUUCAAGGCCAGGCCUGGCAACAGUUGCAAUGCUCGGGGAGCCAGCGUCGUGGACUUCGCAACGGCAAGCCGCGGAUGAUUGUUCUUGUCGAGCUUGAGGGAUUGGCGACAACCUACGUAGGCUUGCCUGGAGCGGCGGAUG